AUGGCGGAAGACAAAGGUACGGAAAAGUUGCCGGAUCUGUACGAUGAGGAAAUAGCCGAUAUGUUACACCCGGAUGCGUUGUUUUCGAACGACACGCCUGCGUUUGCAGAGCCCAAUGAUGAGGACCUAAAUAAGAAUCAAAGUGUCAGAGUGAGUCUAGAGGAAGGCAAGCCGAAGAGUCCCACUAGUGUAUCAACCACCACGGUGGAAGAUAUCAUAAACCCAUAUUUUGAGACUGCUGCGAAUAAAGCAAGAAAUGACGCCAGUGCGGAGAGAUCACUGAUGCUCGCUAGGGAUGCCAACCAUGCUCACAUAAUACGAAGAAACUCUCCACUGAACGCCUUCCACGGAGAGGCACCCUUAGCGAGUGACGAGUUACUCUCUUCUAAUAUUCUGAGAAACUCUCUACAGUCUCCACAGUACACAGAUAGGAACAAUCAGUUGCAACAGCAACAGCAACAACAACAAACGAGGCGAGGUAACUCGCACAAGACACGACCGGCGUUCGUGAAUAAGUUAUGGAGCAUGCUUAACGAUCAAGCAAACCUUGACUUGAUUCGGUGGGCUGAUGAUGGGAAGUCGUUCAUUGUUACAAACAGGGAGAAGUUUGUCCACGAUAUCUUACCCAAAUACUUCAAACAUUCAAAUUUUGCAUCGUUUGUCCGGCAAUUGAACAUGUACGGAUGGCACAAGGUCCAAGACGUGAAGUCUGGGUCGAUACAAAACAGCACAGAUGACAGAUGGCAAUUUGAAAACGAGCAUUUCCAGAAAGGGAGGGAAGACUUACUGCAUAAGAUCGUCAGACAGAAGAGCACAACAAACAGCCAGCAACAACAACAACAUCAGCAGCAGCACGUUUCUACACUUCCAGCUAUAAACUCAGCGGUCUCGAAUCUAACUUCCGAACAGAGGAAUGAACUUUUGAAGAAAAUUAGCGGCUACCAACUUCCUUCCAACUUGAACCCUACUGGGACUCUACACAUUACAAACGGGCCCGAAUCCAUUGCACAGCAGACAAAUAUUGGUACUUUACUGGACGAUUUAGAACAGAUCAAGUACAACCAAGUUGCCAUUUCGAAGGACCUGUUACGAAUCAGCAAGGACAACGAAAUGUUAUGGAAGGAGAACAUGAUUGCGAGGGAGAGACACCGGACGCAGCAGCAGGCUUUGGAGAAGAUCUUCCGGUUUUUGGCAGCGAUGAUGCCACACAUGGAUCAGAAGUUGAUCAUGGAUGGCAUGGUGGAUGCUGGUGCACACCAGAUAAACGAGGAGGGCGUUGAAAGUGCCAACACGGGCCAAGCAGAGGGCAAUCGGAUGAACGAGGCAUUGUUUGAUGAGAUCAUCAGCAACACUACAAACGACCAGGAGGCGAAUUCAGUCCAAGGUGCGUCGUCGUUGCACAGGGCUGGUGCUGCGAGGAGGGACCACGUUGGCAACCAAGAACACCACAACACAUAUUUGGAGGAUCUUACUGACUUGGAGGAGAGCAGGUUCAGAGGCGGGCACACUCCCCUGAGGCCCAGUACGCGGCUAUUGUUGAAGAAUCGAGCCAACUCGAACAACUCACAGAGUCACCGCCCUACGAUCUCCCCUGUAGACCUGGGGGACUUGGGUGCCAGGUCCGUUGACAAGCACACGGGCCGUAUAUCUGAGAUCCCGUUUGACGAGGACGACCAUAUCGGGUCGAAGCUAUCGAACGACUCGAUCAACCAUCACUCAAUCGAGGAGAUCCGGACCACGCCUACUCUUUCCUCGAAGAACAGGAGUCCUCGAAUGGAGGAUUACAAAGGCAGUGCCUCCGAGCGCGACGACAGCCAUCGUGUCGAGGAACCCUCGCCCGAAAUCGACGACGGUGGGGCCAUGAUCGAUCAUUUGCAAGACAGUAUAGAGAACCAAGACGAACGAAUCCACCACUUGGAGGAGAUGAUACAAGAGAUAGCCCCGCACCUGAUGACCGCGCAGGGUUCAGCUGCCCCACAACAGGGCACCAAUACUGCUACUACUGCCGAGCCUGUUCCGCAGGGUCUGCAGGGUUCACAGGUCCCACAGGUCCCACAGGGUACGACAGAAGGGGAACCUUUGGAGCAGCCCGGUGUGUCCCCCGGUCUGGACCACUCGCUGUUCACCCCAUUUGGCGGGUUCUCACUACAGGACUACUUCGGUAACGACGCCGCUACGCACCCGGAUGCCGGGUCCGGACUGACCCCGCUACUCAUCGACGAUCCAGGCGCCGUGGCAGGUGCCCUGCCAAGCGGUGAACAAGAACGAGGGCCGGCCACGGGCGACGAGCAACGGACCAAACGGCAGAAACUCUGA